AUGGAGUCUUCUGCUCUCCUCCCUGCUCAGGUGUCGGGCAGCACCAGCUGGGAGUCUCCCAGGGCUCUAUUUGUUUCCCGGGCCUCCGUCAUGUCGUGUUUCACGCAGCUGUGGCACUCCAACACACCAGACUCUCCCACCAGCCCAGUCCCUGCAUCUUCAAGUGAAAUCCCCAUCCCCAUCAGCCCCAUUGUUGUCACCUCCCCAGGAGAUGGCAAGAGGAAGGCGAGGUCCCCAACCGACAAGCCAGGCUCUCCGAACCCAACAUCUCCAAAGCCAACCUCCCCUGUUGAGUGCUCCAUUUGCUUCAACACCUAUGACAACACCUUCAAGACGCCCAAGCUGCUCCAGUGCUCCCACGUUUUCUGCCUGGAGUGCGUGGCCCGCCUGAGCACAGGGCUGCCCCCAAACCAACCAGAGGACCAGCUGCCCUGCCCCUUCUGCAGGCAGCUGACCAGCAUCCCUCUGGAAGGUGCCCCAGCACUGGAGACCAGCAAGGAGCUGCUUGCCACGCUGCCCCCUGAACUCCAGCAGGAGAAGGUGCUCUGGAUGGAGGGGACCAAGCUGUGCUGCCGUCAGUCAUCUGAUGACCCUGAGAAUCCAGACUCGUGCAUCUCCAUCGAUGUCGCCAUGAGCAAGCCAGAAAGUCCGGAGGCCCCCCCGGCGGGCUUAGCUGGGAGGCUGUCCCGCUGUGACAUGUGCGAUGACUGGAAACGCAUAGUCCUGCUCUCCGCGUUGAUCAUCAUCCUGUUCUGCAUCAUCCUGUGGCCAGUCCAGUGCGCCCUGAAGACGGGGAACCUCCGCUGCUUCACAAGGACUGUUGCGAUGAGCAGGCCGGAGUAUCUUCCCCCUAAACACACCACGGCGGCGACGCCUGUGACGCAACUCCCUUUCCCGUAGCAGCGAGACACCCCUCGCUCCUGUCCCGCAGCGUGCCAGGGAGGCAGGAAGAGGGGCUGCUGCCCUGAUGGCAUUCCUUGCCUCGUCGGCAGAGCCCGUGGCCUGCUCCCCGCGCUCCCUCUGUGCCCGCCCUUGAGCACCCGCAUCCAGCUCCAGCAGCUCUGCUGAAAUACUCCUCUGCCAAGCUGCCUCCAGCCCAGGAAUGCUCCAAGGAGCUGCCGCAGCAUCCUGCUGCCAAACUCUCCAUAGAAACCAGAGCCUGGAACGCAACAGGCAGGUUUCUAGGACGGUUUGCCUCGCGUGGCAUACGGCCAUGUGCUGCCUUGGCCGGAUUAACAGAUGACAGUGGGUGUAGUUCCUCCAACUCCCUUAGGGAAUAAAGGGCUAUUUCUGCAAACUGAAGGAUCGACAUGAUUAUUCCUAAGAGGAGCUGGGAUUGGGAGGGUAAAGACAUGUCAAAGUCAUAUAAGCAGAUGAAAAUUAACUCUAAUCCACGUGCUUGAGCCAUUUCUGUCAUGUUAUACAAUGUUGGAGGUGUAAAUGCUGCCUCCUGCUGACAAACCAGGGAUCUAUCACCGCUACACACCUCAGCUGUGUUACCAUCCUUUGCACAGAAUAGAGUAGCCAUUCUACUCGUUUUUCCUAAGGUGAUGCUUAAAAAAAAAUAUAUAUUAAAAAAAAAUCACUCAUCCCUACCUGGAAGGUGAUUUUGAACACAGGGGGUGAGCUGUUAGGCACACACGGUGUAACCCUGCCCCUCAAGUUACUUCAUCAGCAAGCUUCAUUCAUACUUCUCACAGGCAAACUGUUGCCAAAACAACAAAGGUCCAUCUUUGGACAGCUUUACCCUCCUAAUCUUAAAGUGUGUCAGUAUUAAGACACAGGCCAGUUGCUUACACUAUAUUUUUAUUUCAUGCAGUGAUCUUCUGACAGUGAUUAACUAAAGUCUUCAUGAUGAAGGCGGCUUACAAUUAAAUGUUUUCUAUUCAAACACAUGGAUGUAAGACAGUAUUGUAUGCAAAUACCAUACGUGUAUGUAUUAAAUUAUGUUUUAUACAACGCAAGGUGUCCAUUUGUAGCAAUUACUCCACAUUUCCCUUCUUACUUGCAGUUGGAGGUGUUCACUUAGCAGUCUGGAGUCCAGCUGCAUUCCCAGGUCACGGUAGCUACACAGCGGGUCCACAUCUGUGCUCUGGCCUGCGCAUCAGCUGCCCCAGUGUUGUGCAAUCCUGCACACAUGGACAGCUUUAUCCUGGAAAUUCAUACUUACUACCAUCUAGGCAGUGUUGUCCCAGGUGCGGCUUCCCUCUGCAUUUACCUGAUUUGACCUGCAAAACGAGAAGCUGCAAAGACUGCUCAUCUUUUGCUUCCUCCCAGCUGGAAAGACACUUCCAGUCUCCCUUUCCAGAAAUUCUAAUUUGAAAUAGAAAAGGCUGAAGCAACGGCAGAAAUAACUCAAGCCUGUUGCUACGCAAAACUUCUGUGGAAAGCUGCUGCGUGUGCUGUAUCUGCAACACCUUUGCUGUUCCGCUGCGGGCUGGUAUUAUCUGUGCCAGCCACACGUCUGCAGAAACUACUCCAGGCACCGUAACAACUUCUGCCAAAGUCAUGGGGCUUGACAGGGAUUCUCACUUGUACCAUGCUGUGCUUUCCCCCGUGCUUGCCACCGAGAGGACAUAUAUCUUCACAGCACCAAUUUAAGUCUGUUCUUGGAACAAGUGACUCACCAAGACUUAAGGGAGAGAAGGCACUUCCAUUUUACCCAAGGUGCAGUUGGGACUAAGCCCAGCAAAUAGACACUAAUAGAGAUGAAGUGCUUUGUCAUUACAUCUUCGUUACCAUUCAGCUCCCCCUGAUGAGACCUAAGGGCAGGGGAGAGGGACGUAACAUCUUCAGCCUCAUAAAAUCUAUUGGUACGGUGGCAGAAGGGCCACAGAGAUGUUCUCACGGUUCCAACUGUUCCUAGGAGUCUGUCACAGCAUCCUUGUGGGGGCUGUCCCUUUGCACGUCCCCUUCCCACCAUGUACUUGGAAACAAAGGUUGGAGGUUUGGGUAACACGCAGCUGAACCUCUCACUCACGCAUAGCCAAAAGGAAGAUUCAAAGCAAGUGAAAACAGGGCCCGGAACAGUAGCAUUUGGCGAUGGGAGACACUGGGGAUGCCCCGUUGUCCACACCAAUAGUCACC